ACAGAAGGAAGCACCAAUAAUCAUAACCAUCAUACAUAAAAAAAAAAAAAGUAAACAGAAAACAUUUUUGUAUAGUUUUACAGAGAGAAAACAAAAAAAGAUAGGAAGAGGAAGAAGAAGAAGAGGAAGAGAGUUGGUUUCACGUUUGUGGGGUUUCCUCUGUGUGUUGUUUUUUUGAAGAGAUCUCUUUCAGAUCAGAAGCUUACAGGGACAACCUCGUGAUGGUGAGAGACAUUACAGGUUUACGUACUGAAAAGAAACCUAGUGUUAAGCCAAAUGGCAUCACCCAUGGCGCAGUUCAUGUUGCCCCCAGAAUCGCCAAGGAAAGGGUUGAAGCAAAGGAGUAUGAGGCAGAGGAUCACACUGCAAAAGGCACACACGUGGAGGAAUCUCAGGAGAAGCAGGAUGUACUAUCUGUGAAAAGCACCAACUGUGAACCUGAUCCGAUUGAGGGAAAAAUUACGAAGACUGAAGCUGUGAAGUCCAGUGACAAGAAGUUGGGCUCACCAAUGAAACCUUCACCUGAUUCUACUGCAGCUACUGAAAAUCAAGCCGCCAAGGUCAUGAAUUCAUCGGUGAAUGAAUCUGAAAAUCAUGAAAAUGGCACGCAGACUGUUGAUGCUGGCUCGAAUUCUUCAUCAAAAUCCAUCGAUCUGCACUCACCUAUGACUUCACAAAAAUUGCACCAAAAUUCUCCCAUGAUGUCAAGGAAACUGCGAAUUCAGGAUGAAGACGAUAACUGGUCCAUGGCUUCCUCAACUGCAGCUUCUGUGCGGACAGUUAGGUCCAAGGUUACUGUUCCUGUAGCCCCAACAUUUAAAUGUUCAGAACGCUCAGCGAGACGUAAAGAGUAUUACACAAAGUUAGAGGAAAAGCACAAAGCUCUGGAGGCGGAGAAACAAGAAUAUGCAGCCAGAACGAAGGAAGAGGAAGAAGCAGCAAUAAGGCAGCUUAGAAAGGCCAUGACUUACAGAGCAAAUCCAGUUCCUAAUUUUUACCGUGAAGGGCCACCUCCAAAGGCUGAACUUAAGAAGCUGCCAGUGACUCGUGCCAAAUCACCAAAUCUAACCCGUAGGAAGAGCUGUAGUGAUGCAGUCACAGCAUCUCCUGAAGAAAGGAAAGCUUCUGCCAAGGGUCGUCACAGCAUUGGUGUUUACAAACAAGGCAGUCCUACCCCAACCACCCCCAAAAGCAAAGAUCGUGUGAGUGGUCGAAUCAGUAAUGGAACUCCCAGAGCCAAAGAACCUACAAAGUUGGUGAAAACAAAAAAAGAUUCCCCUUUGAAGGAGAUGAAGGGAACUCCAAUCAAGGAGAUAAAGGAAACUCCAAUAGCAGAGUCAAAUGGAUCUCCAAUGAAAGAGCCAGAGGAAGCUCUGGUUCAGGUCACAAACGAAGCUUCUGUUAAGGAGAUAAAGGAAAUUCCUGUCUUAAAGACUAAGGAGGCUUCUAAUACAAUGACAGAGCAAGUGACUGAAGAAACUGCUGCUCAAUCAUGAGCAAUCAGUCGUCUUCUUUUUCAUUUCCUCUUUCUUUUUCUUUGUAGUUUUUAUCAUCGAAUCGAGAUGUUCCAGGCAAGGUCAAAUUGGCCUUCCUCCUUUCUUCUCGGCAAUGACUUGUUGAAGUGAUGCUUUGAAACUGUGUUGUAUAUUAUAUGUAAUUUUCAUUUGGUACAUAUGUUACAUAGAAAGAGACUCCUGUUGAACAUUUUGUUUAUAAACAUAACUUUAAAAACAGAUUGGCUGGGUUGUCUUACUUACCCAUCUAUUGAGUGA